AUGAAUUUAUACAGUUACAAUAAAUGGAGAACAGUCGAGUAUUAUGACGGUAGAAAAAUAUAUGACGAAACAAUCAAGUAUAAAAGAGAGGGUAGGGAACAUGAAAUACAAAUAUUUGAAGCAUCUCUCUCAUUUAGUGUUUUGGCUUGGCUUACAUUAGCUUUAUCACUCUUUCUAUACAUUUUAUCUUUCUGUGGUAUUAUCAACAAAGUUCCAGGGUUAGCUAAUGCUAAAGAUAGAGACUGCAGUUGCGAAGGUAACAAGUUUGUAUACACUUACAAUAGUGAAUUUGAAUCAAGAAAGUAUUACGCAGGUCCAUAUGUUGGAUGGUUUGUUGUAGUAAUAGGAACAUUCUUCACCAUCAUUGGUGCUGUCAUAAAUAUUUUUUCAAAAACUUUUAAUUUUAAUAAUAGAAAUAGUAAUAAUAGAAAUAGUAAUAAUAAAAUGUCAACUUUUAUAAAGGUAUUUGGUUUUGUUUUAACAAUAUUUUCAUUAGCCUUGUAUACCAUCGGUGUAUUUUCAUACUGGAGACAAAAAGAAUUUUCAUCAAUUGAAGAUGACAGAAAGAGUGUAGAGUACUUCAGCGCCUAUAAGCAUAGAUAUUUGUAUAUAAAUGAAGAGGGUAUAAAGAAAUUUGACGAUACCGUAUACUUUUUAUAUGAUGAUGCUUCAGAUGUCAACUACCAAUUUUACUUCUUUUCACUUUUAUUCUGCUGUUUGGCAUGGGCCAUGAGUUUCGUCUCUGUAUUUACCUAUAUAAUGUCAUUUAUUGGUUUAAUCUAUAAAUCUCCAAUCCACGGUAAAAGAGUUGCAUCACUUGGUAGAUACAUCUUAAUCCCAGCUUCUGUUUUUGGUUUACUUUCUGUUUUAAUUUUUUCUGGACAUACAUUCACAAUAAAUAGAUUAUAUGAUAUGGAAAUGAAAUUUAUGGACUAUGGUGUUGAAGAUAAAAUUAAAUACUACGAGGGUCCAUCAUUAAGCUAUUUUGCAUGUAUGGCUGGUUCUUUAUUUACUAUAAUCGCUUGCAUAAUUAACUUAAAAUCAAAGAUUUUCGAACUAUUAAAUAUUUAG